AUGCGAAUUCUUUACAUUGGCGUUUUGUUCCUGCAUUUUGCAUUGGCCGAAAGCAUACAAUGCGAAAAUGGGGGAUUUCCCAAUUCUGAUGGGAUUUGUGAUUGUCCGUCGUAUUUCAAGGGAGAUAAUUGUUCUUCAAUUGAAUGUUUGAACGGAGGAUAUGUUGAUGAAAAUGGAGGAAAAUUUUGCAUAUGUCCACCAGGAUACCUCGGAAUUCAUUGUGAAGCCGUGAAACCGUCACCAGCAGCUCACGCGCAGUUCAGAACAAUGGAUUUCUCGUUGAACAUUAUGAACUUCAAUUUGUACACUCCGUACUGGGUGAUUUAUAUCGAUGCAGAAGAAAACAAAAAUAUUAGUGCUCCUGAAUAUGCAGGCCUCUACUGGUGCUAUCCUGUCAAAAUUUACAAAAACAUUGUAAAAUUCAUAAAAAAAGCGUCAUUGCAGAAUAGUGCGAUAACAAUUAUUACGCAGCAUCCUCCUAACGACGAUAAUUUUGAGGAAGCUCGUUCAAUGGUUCUCGCUUUUGGAAUUAAGAUAAAUGUUCUUUGGAUUCCUGAUGACACCUUCAACCCAUGUACUUCCCCAGAGGUGGACCAUUUUAGGAAUUUCGCCGAAAAUAGCGGUGGAAUAUUUGCCAAAUUACAAACGUCGGAUAAAGAGGAUUCAAACACAGAAACGAUUGUCCGACAAAUUUUAAUGACACAUCGAAAUCCGCAAUAUUUUGCAUUGAAACGUUUCAAUAAAUGCAGUGAAGGAGCUGUUGAUUUCCAGCCGGAUCCAAAUAUCGCCGGACCAUAUUACUUGACAUUAUUUGGAGGUCCGUUCACCAACAUGCCAUAA